AUGGAAAACUCUCGGGUACUGAGGUGUACAAAUGUGGUUCUCCUACUAACCGGUUAUCAAAUAUAUUGGUACGAUAUCAAGUCGCAGAGGUUCCUUUUGUCCUUGCCAGGAGUAGUUAACAUAUUUGUACUGGGUUGUAUCUAUGCGGGAUGUUUUGCUCAGCACUUUGAUACAAAAUCCUCGCUCUUGAAAGUCCUCCAAGAUGUAUCACCAUUCCUAUUUGGAUUAACCAGGAUGCAGCUGCUCGUGGGAGUUAAAGCGUUGUCCUACGCCGUUUACUCCUCGGUUAAGGCCAUUGGGGCCAUCAACUCACUGGUGGAAUCACUUCCCAGAAAUAAUAAUGGAUUUUGUAAAGAUGAGGUCAUUGCCUACGCAAUGCUGGGUUCUACGUUUGGAGUGCUCACCAGUUUCGGGUUCUAUAUAGCUUACGAAAUGAAAUUCGAACUGCCUCCACUUCAGGAUGCCAUGAUCGGCGCGGCUCUGUUUAUGCCCCAUUGGAUAUUGGCGGGCUCUGUGAGAUUAUAUACCAUUUUGGCCUGGUUAACACGUGGCCAAAUGGAGCAUCUGCAGAAAAAUAUAGAAGAGGUGUUAAGUGCUAAUAUGACUAAAGAGGAACCCAACUUGGCUUCCACCUCGUUCACAGUUUCUACGAGUAAUACAAGUCUGGAUUACCUGGAAAGCCUCCGGAGAAGAUUGGAGAUACUUGGCGCUAGAUUUAAUUACAUUUUCAAAGCUCUACAGUACUCCUUGAUUUUCCUAUUCUGUCUCAACUUCAACUGCCUUUUGGGUGGUAUAUAUUCCUUUAUUUACUACCGAAAUACUUGGCAUGUCCUCUUUGAGGAACGCAAACAAAGAAUAUUCUAUGCAGCAAAUGCUUCCAUAUAUGCCUGCAUAGCUUGUGAUUAUUUAUGCCUAAUGUUUGUUCAGUUUAUGAUGGAAAAGAAGCGUUUAAGCUUUUUGAAAUCUUUAGAUAUGACUUUGUCUCAGAGAAGUGCUUUGCCAAAGAAAAUGCGUUCUUUAGUGAAGGACAUAAAAGUUGUACUUUUCAAAAAAUUCCAAUUAAAAUUUCAAUCAAUUUGGAGUUUUGAUAUGAAACACUUUAGUCUGCUAGUAUUUCUUCAAAUAAUAAUAAUAGCCUUGAUUGUGAUGUUCCUUUACUUGAAUGAUGAAAUUAAUCUUCUGAGGGAAGAAUUAAAUAGUAAAGAUGAUGAAUAA